GGUUACUAGUCUAUCGCAUUUUGCAAGAUGGAGUGCUCUUUAUCCUUCGCAUUGCAAGUCGUUGGAGGUUUCGUCCUAGCCUACAAUGCAUUGAAUUUAUUAUGUAGGGCAAUGAMUGGAGUUAGAGCUUUUAUUCUUCCACGAUUGGGGUUUAAAAAGAAUCUUCGAGAGUUUGGAAGUUGGGCAGUUGUCACUGGAUGUACAGAUGGUAUUGGGAAAUCAUUUGCUUUUCAGCUUGCCAAGGAAGGCAUCAAUUUGGUUCUUAUCAGCAGAACAAAAGAAAAGUUAAUCAGUCUUGAAACUGAGAUCCAGUCAGUUUAUAAAGUCAAAACCAAAAUAGUUGAGAUGGAUUUCAGUAAUGGAGCUGACAAAUAUGAAGGAAUGGAGACAAACUUUGAUGGUCUUGACAUUGGAAUACUCAUCAACAAUGUAGGRGUUUCACAUUAUCCAGAAUUCUUUACAAAUUAUACAAGAGAGACUUGCUGGAAAAUGAUCAACGUUAAUGACUUAUCGUUGGUUAUGAUGACACACAUGAUUCUUCCUGGRAUGGUUUCAAGGGGGAAGGGUGUGAUCAUGAAUGUGUCAUCUAGAGCAGGCGUUGAACCACUACCUUUGCUGUCAAUGUACUCCUCAUCCAAGGCCUUUGUAGAUUUCUUUAGUGAGUGUCUGUCAGUGGAAUAUGCUCCCAAAGGAAUCAUAGUACAGUCUGUGAUGCCCCUGUAUGUUGCUACUAAAAUGAGCAGAAUUAGAAAGGCUAGUCUAUUUGUACCUGGACCUGACGACUACGCUCAACAAGCAUUGGGUACCAUAGGUGUUGAGAUGAGAACUAAUGGGUGUUUGAGUCACUCUUUACAGGAAUUUGCUGUUGGUUUGUUUCCAUCUUGGAUAAGGACAAAUAUUACUUGGAAUUUGAUGAUGGCACGUAGAAGAGCUGCGCUGAAGAAACUGAGCAUGAAAGGGGAUGACAAAGCUGGGCACAAGGAUUGAAGACUUUUUUUCCAAUGACAAAAUAAAAUGCAAUAUUAUGAGUGAUCUAUAAGUUCAUAUCUAAAAUAUUACAAGGGCAUACAGAGUUAUGCAGKUUAUCUUCAUUUGAUAUCUCACAAGAAAGUAAAAAUUGAACAUGAGAAUAUACAAUUUGUAUCUCCAAAGAACCUUUUCUGAAAUAGUAUUUACACAUUUUUUUUUAGAUUUGGUAUGUGAACAUCUUGUGUUCAUGCAGCMAAAUAUAAUGUUGUUUGUACUGAAGCUAGACCACCAGUGCACCAUGUUGUAUUUCAAAAAAGCUCUAAGCCCAUUUUUAUGUUCUGUUUAUUAUAUAAACUCUGAUUUAUGUCUUCAAGACAGCAAGAAAUAGGACAGUUUACAUGGUGAUCCAUGAUAAUGUUAUUUACAAAUUUGACAUGACAUGUUAUUCUCACAUGGAAAAGAUAUCAUUUUUUUUAUUUGAAAGAUUUCCUAGUAUUUCAAUGAAAUUUCUAUUUUUUUGAUUCUCAGUCUCUGAUCGAUAGGCUUAGAUUUCUUUUGUGAGACAAACUUCUUUUUUGUGACAAACUUGGAUGUUUUGAGAUAAAAAUGAUUAGGAUGUUGAUGAAAAAUAAAAUACUUGCUGAUUUUUUUUUAAAAUUG